UUUCUCUCUCUAUAUACAGAGAAGAGACUGUGGUCUGUGGCGGUAACUUCGCUUUUCUCUGUGUACCUUCACACACCUCAAUCUGCUUCAUCUCACUCGCCACCAUGACAGACGGUGGUCACCUCUUCAACAACAUCACCCUCGGCGGCCGCGGCGGCACGAAUCCAGGGCAGAUAAAAAUAUUCUCUGGAGGAAUUGCAUGGAAAAGACAGGGGGGUGGUAAAUCAAUUGAGAUUGAUAAAGCUGAUAUAAUGGGGGUCACAUGGAUGAAAGUUCCAAGGACUAAUCAGCUUGGUGUUCAGAUCAAAGAUGGGCUGUACUACAAAUUUACUGGAUUCCGUGAUCAGGAUGUUGUAAGCUUGACCAGUUUUUUCCAAAAUAACUUUGGAAUAUCUGUAGAUGAGAAGCAGCUUUCUGUUAGUGGGCGCAAUUGGGGAGAAGUUGAUCUAAAUGGAAAUAUGCUGGCAUUCAUGGUUGGUUCAAAGCAAUCUUUCGAGGUGUCUUUAGCUGAUGUCUCUCAAACGACGCUUCAAGGGAAAAAUGAUGUGAUGUUGGAGUUCCAUGUGGAUGACACAACUGGAGCUAAUGAGAAAGAUUCAUUGAUGGAGUUAAGUUUCCAUAUACCAAAUUCCAAUACCCAGUAUGUUGGCGAUGAAAAUCAUACUCCUGCUCAGGUUUUCCGUGAUAAAAUAAUGUCUAUGGCUGAUGUCGGUGCUGGAGGUGAAGAUUCUGUUGUUACAUUUGAUGGUAUUGCAGUCCUUACACCAAGAGGACGUUACAGUGUUGAGUUACACCUGUCAUUCUUGCGGCUUCAAGGACAGGCUAAUGAUUUUAAAAUCCAAUAUAGCAGUGUGGUUCGCCUAUUUUUACUUCCUAAGUCCAAUCAGCCACAUACUUUUGUCAUUGUUAGUCUUGAUCCCCCUAUUCGGAAAGGACAAACUUUGUACCCUCAUAUUGUGAUGCAGUUUGAAACUGAUGUUGUUUUUCAAAGUGAAUUGGCAAUAAACGAAGAUCUUUAUAACACUAAGUACAAGGACAAGUUGGAGCUGUCUUAUAAGGGGCUAAUCCAUGAAGUGUUCACCACAAUAUUACGUGGCUUAUCUGGGGCUAAAGUUACCAAGCCUGGAAAAUUUAGGAGUUGUCUAGAUGGUUAUGCAGUGAAAUCAUCUUUGAAAGCUGAAGAUGGAAUUCUGUAUCCCCUUGAGAAGAGCUUCUUUUUCCUACCUAAACCUCCCACUCUUAUUCUUCAUGAAGAGGUUGACUAUGUAGAAUUUGAGCGACAUGCUGCCGGUGGUUCAAAUAUGCAUUAUUUUGACCUUCUUAUCAGAUUAAAAUCUGAGCAAGAGCAUCUCUUCCGCAAUAUUCAGAGAAAUGAAUACCAUAAUUUGUAUAGUUUUAUCAGGGAAAAGGGCUUAAAAAUUAUGAACUUAGGAGGUGCCCAGCCAACUGUUGGUAUGGCUCAAGUUCUUGAGAAUGAUGAUGAUGAUGCUGUUGAUCCACAUCUAGAGCGCAUUAAAAAUGAAGCUGGUGGAGAUGAAAGUGAUGAGGAGGAUGAAGAUUUUGUUCUUGACAAGGAUGAUGGAGGUUCUCCUACUGAUGAUUCUGGGGGGGAUGAUUCUGAUGGUAGUGAUAGUGGUGAUGAGAAAGAGAAGCCUGCCAAAAAGGAACCAAAGAAGGAUCUGCCUUCUAAGGCAUCUACUUCUAAGAAGAAGCCAAGAGAUGCUGAUGAAGAUGGAAAGAAGAAAAAACAGAAGAAGAAAAAGGACCCAAAUGCACCCAAGAGGGCAAUGUCUGGUUUCAUGUUCUUUUCGCAAAUGGAAAGAGAGAAUCUAAAGAAAACUAAUCCUGGAAUUUCAUUUACGGAUGUUGGGAGAGUACUUGGAGAGAAAUGGAAAAAGAUGUCAACGGAGGAGAAAGAACCAUAUGAGGUAAAAGCCCGUGCCGAUAAGAAACGGUAUAUGGAUGAGAUUAGUGGCUACAAGAAUCCACAACCGAUGAAUGUUGAUUCAGGAAAUGAAUCUGACAGUCCCUAAGGUUUUUGCUCUGAUAUUGAAAGUUUGUUAGCUUGCCCUUUGUUGGCUACGCUUAGGUGCUUAGUAAGUAUUGUUAGAUAUUUGUACUAGUAACCAGAUCUGCUAAUGUUGUUCUAAUUAACAAGUUUGUGGCCGACUGAAACAGAUCAACAAAAUUUAUCGUUUUUUGCACCAACAGAAUUUCAUAUGAAGAAUGCUAAGUCCCAAAUGAUUUCA